UUGACUUUUGAGAAUUCAAAUUACAAUGACUUGGUUUUUGAGUCUUGGGCCUCUUGGGCCUUGGCAUUCUUUUCUUACCGAUUGCUAUUCAGCUUUGAGCUUCUACAGUGAGGACAUUUCAACUUUGAAUACAAAAGUUUCCCGCCACCUCAUCCAUCCUCACCUUUUCUCCUUCUUUGCACUAAUCCUAAUUGGUCAUUGCUAUAUAAUAGCAUCCUAUUACUUUGCUCUUCAGGUAUCAGAUACAAAUUACGAUACGAUCAUUUCAAUAAAGAACAUAGCGAUAACAAGCUGGGUUAUGUUUAAAUUACAAUUACGGCUUUUGGGUCCCUCGUGUAAAGCUUUACAUCAAUUCAAUCACACAGGAUUAGCUCAUUUUAUUUAUAAUUAUAGCGUUGUGAAUUCUUCUAAUUCUAAUACGUUUGAUUUGAAUCGGCUAAUAAAUGAGUUUUCUAAAUCGGGCCGAAUUGAUGAAGCCCGUAAGAUGUUCGAUAAAAUGUCUGAAAGGGAUGAAUUUAGUUGGAGCACAAUUAUAGCUGCUUAUGCUAAUUUAGGGAGACUAGAUGAGGCUAGAGAACUCUUUGAUGAGGCUCCGAAGAAAAGUUCUUUCACUUGGUCUCCUCUUAUAUCUGGGUAUUGUCGGCAUGGUUGUGAAAUUGAAGCUUUUGAAUUGUUCUGUCAAAUGCGGCUUGAGGGACAAAAUCCCAGCCAGUAUACAUUAGGAAGUGUUCUUAGGGGGUGUUCAAUAUUGGGUUUGCGCCAGAGAGGUGAAAACCUUCAUGGUUAUGCCAUAAAGGCUGGAUUUGACUCUAAUGUUUUUGUUGCCACUGGUCUUGUUGACAUGUAUGCAAAGUGCAAGUGCAUUUUGGAAGCCGAAUGUCUCUUUGAAACAUUGACUGAUAGGAAAAAUAAUGUGUCGUCGACUGCUAUGAUUACGGGGUAUUCUCAGAGUGGUGAUGGCUAUAAGGCAAUUGAGUGUUUCCGAGACAUGAGGGCCGAAGGAGUUGAGUCCAAUCAGUUCACAUUUCCUAGCAUAUUGACAGCUUGUGCAACAGUUUCAGCAAGUGAUUUUGGGGCUCAGGUGCAUGGGUGCAUAGUUAGGAGUGGUUUUGGUGCUAAUGUGUUUGUUCAAAGUGCAUUGGUUUGUAUGUAUGCAAAAUGUGGAGACUUGAGAAGUGCAAGGAAGGGACUAGAGACAAUGGAAACUGAUGAUGUAAUCUCUUAUAACUCCAUGAUAGUUGGGUGUGUAAGGCAUGGGUUUGAAGAGGAAGUUCUGUCCUUAUUUAAGAAAAUGCAUUCAAGAGAUAUGAAGAUCGAUGCCUUUACAUUUCCAUCAGUACUAAACUCUUUUGCUUCCAUGAUGGAUACGAAAAAUUCGAAAUCCGUUCAUUGUUUGAUUAUCAAGACUGGAUUUGAGGCUUACAAUCUAGUGAGCAAUGCUCUUGUUGACAUGUAUGCUAAACAGGGAAGCUUAGCUUGCGCUUGUGAGGUUUUCAAUCAGACGGUGGACAAGGAUGUGAUCUCGUGGACCUCCCUGGUCACAGGAUAUGCUCACAAUGGCUCCCAUGAAGAAGCUAUUAAGUUGUUUCAUGAUAUGAUAACUACAGGAACCUGUCCAGAUGAAUACAUGAUUGCCAGCAUUCUGAGUGCCUGUGCAGGAUUGACAGUCUUAGAAUUUGGGAAACAAGUUCAUGCGAACUUUAUUAAAUCUGGACUUGAAUCUUUGUCAAUAGAUAAUUCCCUAGUCACAAUGUAUGCAAAAUGUGGGUGUAUAGAAGAUGCCAGUAGAGUCUUCAGCUCAAUGCGAGUAAGGAAUGUGAUUACUUGGACAGCUUUGAUAGUUGGUUAUGCACAGAAUGGCAAAGGAAAGGACUCCCUACAAUUUUAUGAUCAGAUGAUAGCAACUGGCACAAAGCCGGACUUCAUUACUUUUAUUGGCUUGCUAUUUGCUUGCAGCCAUGCUGGUCUUGUGGAAAAUGGUCUCCGGUACUUUGAAUCUAUGGAUAAGGUCUAUGGAAUAAAACCAGGUCCUGAACACUAUGCCUGCAUGAUUGACCUCUGGGGGCGCUCAGGACACCUUAAUGAGGCGAAGGAAUUACUGAAUAGAAUGGAUGUUAAACCAGAUGCAACAGUAUGGAAGGCACUACUUGGAGCAUGUAGAGUACAUGGGGAUUUAGAGCUGGGAGAGAGUGCAGCAAACAAACUUUUUGAAUUGGAGCCCUCAAAUGCUGUGCCUUACAUUCUGUUAGCUAACAUGUAUUCUGCAGCUGGUAGAUCGGAAGAUUUUGCAAGAAUUCGACAAAUGAUGAAAUCAAUGGGAAUCAGAAAGGAGCCUGGUUGCAGUUGGAUUGAGAUGAACAGUCAUGUGCAUGAAUUUAUGUCUGAAGAUAGAGGCCAUCCAAGGACAUCUGAGAUUUAUUCUAAGCUUGAUGAGAUUAUGAUAUUGAUCAAGGAAGCGGGGUAUGUGCCAGAUAAGAAGUUUGCACUUCAUGACAUGGAUGAGGAGAGUAAGGAGCUUGGUCUAGCUUAUCACAGUGAGAAGUUGGCCAUAGCUUUUGGGCUUCUCACUCUGCCACCGGUAGUACCAAUUCGAAUCUUCAAGAAUCUUCGGGUUUGUGGGGAUUGCCAUAGCGCUAUGAAAUAUAUAUCAAGAGUUUUUCUUCGGCAUAUUAUUUUGAGGGAUUCAAACUGUUUUCAUCAUUUUAGAGAAGGAAAGUGUUCCUGUGGGGAUUACUGGUAGAAUAUUCACCUCAAACCUUGGUUCCUAUUCUAGUGUCCUUUGAGAAGCAUGCUAUGAAAUGACUAGUUGCUUUUGUCAUCACACAAUUUGUCCUUCAACUUCAUUUUCAAGAUGGAUAUUUUUGACACAGACAGAAAUCUGAAAGUGCUCGAACCUAGAAAAGCAUGUACCUGCCCUAUACACUGAUUUAGCAGGUGGAGCAUCUUAGGCCUAGUGGGUUCAUAUUUAGUUGAUGCCAACAAGCUUCUUGCUACUACCCGUGGAAUGCUAGCUAAAUAUAAUGAGGCAGAGAAUCUUCUAUAAGCAGCUGCAUUUUAUGAGAAUUGGAGUAAUAUCAAAAUUCUUGUGAGUAUGAAGACAGCAUGCUAUUCUCAGACCACAUCUCUGUCAGGUUUAGCAAUAAUCACCAUGCAAUAAGAAUGAGAUGAGUUUGGUUACAGCGAGCCUAGUGUAUCUGAUCUGUCAGGCUGUGACUAUGGAGUCACACCUGAGUUCAAAUGCUUGGGUAUAUAACCUCUAGGGGUCUAGAAAUUCAUCAGGUAUCUAUUCAACACAAUAACACAGAAGACAACUUUGAUAAGAUGAGUUUGGAUGACCAAGAAAGUGAGACCACUGAUGAUUAAAUAUAAGGCUGGUAAGAGAUUGUUCGUGCAUGAUAAGCAAGCCGACUGAGUCUGGAUUGGAUCUUCUGUAUAAAGUUUCUGUAAAAUAAUUGUCCAUCCCCACCUCCCCCCAAACUAUGAGAAAUUGAUCUUGAUGAAAACUGAUUUCAUUAGUUGAUUCAGUAACUAUACAACUGUAUAUAUAUAUACUAACUUAACUGCUAUAUGCACGUGUGAACACAGCGUAACAAACAUAAUAGACUCACACACGUGACUGACUAAAACUAACUAAACUGACUAACAAAAGCUACAUGUCGUUUCUUACACACAUCAAGUAAAACUACACUAAACUACAUUGUCGUUUAGAUGAGUAAUUACAACUCUCCAAUUUCUUCAACUCUGAAACACAAUCUGGACUUCUACUUGAAUCUUUAAUCUGAGUUUCAUUUGUUCUUGAACUUCUUGUCUGACUUGGUCCAGUGCUUGUCUGGGCAUACGAGCUGCAUUGGGUGGCAUGCUGUGCUGCACUUAGUGUGGCAGCUGAUACUGCAUCACCUGAUGCACAAGCUGCUGCACUGGGUAGCAUGCUGUGCUGCACUAGUGUGGCAGCUGAGUCUGCAUCACCUGGUGCACUAGCUGCUGCACUGAGUGGCAUGUUGUGCUGCACUAGUGUGGUAGCUGGUGAUGCAUCCUCUGGCUU